AUGCGCACGGUUUAUAAUGAAUGCGUGCAUUUACGCAAACGCAUCUGUAGACGUCAUUAUAGUGAAGCGGCUACCUAUAUUGGUGAUGCAGUGAGCACGAUAUGCAAAGUUGUUGUGAGCGAUCUAUUCACCGUCCCUUCUCGUGCCAUUGAAGAGAUUCUUAUUGAUGACGAUGAAAUACAAGAAGAGCUAGAAGGUACACGAGCUCAUGCCGAGGAUGUCGAACUUGCUUCUGUGGAGGAGACCGAAGAUCGCAUUUUGUCACAAAGAUCGGAGGAAUUGAAUACAAGUAGAACCUCUGAGGGAGUUUCAAACGCAACAGUCUCAUAUACAAAUCCAUCGGAUUCAACGAUAGACUCUCAGGAUAUUGUGGAGUUGGACGAAACAGACCCUGUUCUGCUCGAUCGCCAUUUCCUUAUAAAGGGAAGCCAGUUGCUGAAGCUUUUCCGUUUUUGCCCAUCUUGCGGCUCCAAAAUAUCAGAGUCGAAAAGAUGUGUGCGUCUGAGGGCUGUUGGAACAGCUCCUGUCGUGGAUUACAUCUGCACGACUUGUUACCCGUUCGAAAAACGCUUCGAAGGACAGGAAAGGGCAGUUCCACAUCCCAAAGAGAAGUCAUUCAGAGGGAAUGUCCAGGCUGUUGUUGCUGCCAUAACAACGGGAACCAGAUAUGUGGAACUGCAACGGUGGGCUGAAGAAGCUGAUAUUGCUCUUUUUUCAAAGAGUUUCUUCUACAAAAUUUUCUCGGUCGCUGCUCCUUGCAUUGAACGAGAAUACAUGUGGCACCAGCAGACUGUCUUAUCGACAAUUAGGGAAGAGUACAGGGUAAAUCCGUGA